CAUAUGCGACCGUGCGCUAUGGUGCAUGGGAGAAAAUACAUCCAUGUAUUUUUUUCGUUCUAAAGUGUAGUGAUAGUGUACGUUAAUAGAACAAAUCACCAUCGGUAAAAACGGAGGCAUUCCUGUCGUGAUAAAAGUCGGUGGUGAUGAAAGGCAUCUAACAAGCCAGAGAAGUGAGACAGGGAAAGGGUAGGCCUUGUCUUGGGAGAUUUUUGCUCCUCCAGCACAGGCAGCGUGAUGUCAGCGGUGGCAGUGCUGUUGUAAUUGACUUGGUGGGGGUGAUGGCGUCAUUUUAUGCCCUGGUGUAGCCUCCUGCUCCAAUAGCGAAGGGGAGACGGAUCUUUGUCCGACGCGACCGUGGCUCCCUUGGCCGGGAUCGAGUACCGCCGAGCCGGACACCUCACCCCGGGAAACAUGGAGGCUGUGGCCGAUGAGCUGCGGGCCGGCUCUCGGGUACCUGUCACUAUCGAUCAAAUAGUUAACGACACACUUGUAGUGACGCUCACCUAUCGAGAACGAAGCUACACGGGGAUAUUACUUGAUUGCAACAAAAAGACUGGACUGUUCUGUCUACCAGAUUUCACAAUCAAAUCCGGGGACUGUCCAAUACCUAAAUCAGAUUGUGAAAUCCCAGACAUUGUGAGUGAGGAGCUGGUUUCCAAUUCUCCCAGCCAGACUCCACACAGACCAAAGGAUGAAAAUGCUCUCCCUGAAAGCAGUAUACCAACUGCACCUCCGCCUUGCCCUCUACCCACACCAGUGCCAGCUGGAGAGACUCCUUACCCUCCUUAUUUUGAAGGAGCCCCCUUCCCUCAGCCUUUAUGGGUGCGUCACAGCUACAGCCAGUGGGUACCUCAACCUCCUCCACGACCAAUCAAGAGAAAGAAGAGGCGGACGCGAGAGCCCGGUCGCAUGACCAUGAGCACUAUCCGUCUACGACCACGGCAGGUACUAUGUGAAAAGUGCAAAAACACACUGAAUAGUGAUGAGGACAGUAAAGAUGGCAUGAGCAAUGCCAAAACGUCUAGAAAGGAGAAUGCACUACAGAGCGAUGACGAUGGUGAUGACAAAGAUAUCCCAUCUAAGCUUUCCAGGAAGGAGGAUGUAGUAGCAAACAAGGACAAUAAAAAACGGGAAAAUGGCACCAGCUUUGACAGCAAGCGCCUUAGGAAGGACAAAAGGGGGGAAGCUGAUGGGGAGAAGUUCCCCGGAGGUGAGGUGAUUAUCCCCCAUAGUCCUGUCAUAAAGAUCUCCUACAGCACUCCACAGGGCAAGGGGGAGGUCAUGAAGAUCCCCUCGCGAGUCCAUGGUUCAGUUAAACCAUUUUGCCCCAAACAGGUGGUGCUGAAUGGUGUGGGAGAAAACGGCAAGGCGCCUUCUGAUCCCACCAAGGAACAACGGCACAUUUUAGAUGCCACAAGGUCUGGCCUCACGGUGUCCAUUCCCAAACUCAAACUUACUAGACCAUUCACAACUGUGAGUCAGGACUUGCCUUCUCCAAAGAUCCGCUUGAAACCUCCUCAGAGAGAGAGUGAUGAGGGUGUGGUCGAGUAUGAGGCAGAACUUAUAGAAGAUACAAGGAGACAAAGUCCCAGGGUUCCAGGUCCCUGCCUUCCUCACUCCGAAGACUCAGGGGAGGGCAAAAACUCUCUGGAGUUGUGGUCAGGGAGUUCUGGAGAGGAGGCUGAGCGAGGCCACAGUGACCUAACCCUUCUUAUUAAUUUCCGUAAGCGCAAAGCAGAUUCUUCAAGCCUGUCGGUCUGCAGCAGUGACAGUCUAGAUGAGUCCAAGUCUUUCAGUUCUGAUGGCACUUCACCGGAGCUGUGUGAUCUUGCACCUGGAGAAGACCUCUCUGUAACCUCAUCUUCUGUACCUUCACGAGAGGACUCCAAGACAGUGCCGCCACUCACAGUGCGGCUCCACACGCGCAGCAUGACAAAGUGUGUAACAGAAGAGGGCCACGCUGUGGCGGUGGGUGACAUUGUGUGGGGUAAGAUCCAUGGCUUCCCCUGGUGGCCAGCACGUGUCCUCAGCAUCAGUGGCACACGCAAACAGGAGACAGCCAGUUGUGAGGCGCAGUGGCCCCAGGCGAAGGUGUCAUGGUUCGGUUCACCCACCACCUCCCAACUCUCUGUUGCCAAACUUUCACCCUUUAGAGAGCUCUUCAGGUCCCGAUUUAACCGCAAGAAGAAAGGGAUGUACCGGAGAGCCAUCCUGGAGGCAGCCAAGGCUGUGGGUCACAUGAGCCCGGAGAUUACGUCACUGCUUUCCCACUGCGACACAUAGAGGCUGAGGACUGAAGAGAGGUCUCUGAGGUUUGUCCUGAAUUCUCAGACUGUGUCAAGACCCAGGAGGGAGUAUGUACGUUGCCACGGCUACUAUUUAUAUGCCUUUUUUUUUUUUCUUUUCUUUUCACAAGGCUUGUGGAAAAUGGCUGCCACAGUGGAGUAUAGUUGUGACUGGACAAGGGAGCAAAAAAAAAGGCCAUACAUUUCAUGGUCUCCCAUGAACUAUUCCUCCGUUUUAUUUCUAGAUCUAAUCAUAUUUCAAUAGAGCGGAAUUACGACACUACAAGGAGCCGAAUGUAUUUAUUGUCUGUACUUGUUUGUUGCGGUCCAUUAAGUACGCCCUUUUUUGCUACAGUCUCUCCAAACCUGCUGGUCUGCUGCUGUUAUCAUCACGGUCCGCACCACCGACAAGUUACAAGGUUUUACUUGUCCAGUCAGAUGAAGUCGGCUGUGUCAUUAAAGAUCCCCCCCCCCCCCCCCACUUCCCGGGCCAUGACACAUCCUACCAUGAAUUAGAAAGUCUUACCCCGAAUCCUUUUACUUAAAAAUGUGAACGGCUCCACCCAGAGACAGUAGUGACUGUUCCGGCUCUUCUAGCAAUCACAGUGUUUUCGUCCUCACAGCCCACACAGUACAUUUGAGGAUGUAUUUAUGCUGAACUCUGAUUCCUCUCCAAAAUCAUGUGUCUCUCUUCCAUUUCAUUUUUUUUUUUUUACCUUCUCCCCCUCCCCUGAAAACCAUUUUUAUUUCACUUUAAUUAUUUAAAAUGUCAUGAAGAAAAAAAAAGCACUUUAUCUGUACCUUGGUGGCCUGCUGUAAGCUCACUGUCUGAAACACUAUUGGGAGAUACAGCCCUGGUAAGCAGCAGGGGAGUUUAGAAGUCUUUGUGGUCGACUAUCCAUGGCCUUGGAGAUACAGGAGAUACAAACAAAAUCUUUUUUUUAUUAUUAUUAUUAUUAUUAUUUGAUUCUGUUGUACGAUUCUUGGGGACACCAGACACAUAUGGUUGUGUACACUGUAUUCUUGCAUUUGACUUGGGUGUGUUUCUCUCUCUCUCUCUCAAUUAUCUUACACACACACACACACACUAAAACAACUCCUUGUUUAACUUUACCACUGGAGAAACAUGGGUGAACAAAAAAGUGUCAGAUCCCCUAUGCAUUAUCAGUUAAAGCUUUAUGAGUGACUUUGGGAGAAAAAAAAGAAAAUUGAACAUGCUGUAAGAAUACUGUGAAUUCAACUGCUGAGUGUGCUGAGGGAAAAGUUUGCUACUAGUUGGAACUUGCAGUCGUAUUGAGUCACCGGGCAAACGUGGACUGCAUUGCUGACCUUUAGCUACCUUUGUGUUGUAGGCAGCACUAUUGGAAUACGGGGGAGGGAGGCAGCAAAGACUAGAGACCGCUGCUGCUGCUGCUGCUGAGCACAGUCUGUAUUAAAAAGAAAAAAAACUUAACCGAAGAUUGCACACAGUCACACUCAGCCAACCAGCCCGUCUACUUUCUGCCUGUCUGGGAACUUUCUGUUCAGAUUUGAGGCCAAAAACACAGGCUGACAAAUCAGGUCAAUCAGUGAGAUAAGUGUGCUUAUUAAACUAGCAGAUAAACGCACUCCUCCCAUUUUGAUGAUCUGCCGUUUGACUGUUGAGCCCUGAGCGAGUGAGAGGGCAAACAUUUCUGAUUGCCUCAGAUGGGACAAGAUUUUUUUUUUUUUCCCCAGUUUGUGCAACAUGGCUAUCUACUGUUGCCCGCGUUGGUCAAUGUUAUUGGCUACUUUUUUUUGUUUUGUUUUUUACAUGUACUGUAAAUAAAAUAAAAUAUACAAGCAAUA